CAGUAACCUAGAAACCUUCGCAACCUUCCAGGGUAUUCUGGUAUCCCCAAGUAUGCUGAUGCGAUUUGCAGACAUCGACGUGCAGUGAGAUCUCGACACAAGAACGCUGAUUGGGAGAUUAUAUCACAUCUUAUAAUUGUCUUGUACCGGGUGAAAGCAAGACCUUGGUACCUCUUCUGUCUGGAGCCUUUUGAUGGAUGUUCAAUUAGCAUGGAAGAAAUAUUGGUGUGUAUGUAUAUGGGCACGUCACUUGACUCCAUGAUUAAGUGACGUAGCAGGCGAUCAGAAUAAUUUGGCUCUCCCGAUACCUUGAUCGCCUACAUCCAAAGCAUGCAGGGUAAACAGUACUUGCAGAUGUUGGACGACAAGUUGGCAGCGAGCGGAAAAGCUCGGCAUAGUGCCUCUAAAUAUGAUUUCGUGAAGGUGAAGGUCUGGGUGGGAGAAAACCUUGCACACUAUUAUGUACUAUCACGCUUCCUCAUCAGUCGCAUGCUGACAGUUACAAAGAUACCUCAGAUGAAGGCUGUCAAAAUCGCGUUGGAGGUGAAGAAGCACUUGGUGGAUAAUGACUUCAUGGACAUCUCUCAGGAUCACUUUGAGGCCAUCUUGUUCAAUGUGAUGCGUGCGCGCGGCUUUGGGGAUGACUAUGUGGAGCGCUACAAGAUGGUGACCAAGUUCUUCCAGCAGCGACGCCCGCUCAUUGUCCUCAUCUGCGGCGUGCCAUGCACAGGCAAGUCGACUUUGGCGCAGCAGCUGGCUUCCAGGCUCAACAUGCCAAACGUGCUGCAGACUGAUGCCAUCUAUGAGCUGAUGAGGAUGUCUGAGGAUGGGCCCCUGCAGCCGACGCCUCUGUGGGACAGGGACGACCUGAGCCCUGGGGGUCUGGUUCGUGAGUUUCUGCGUGAGUGCCGCAUCGUGCGCAAGGGUCUUGAUGGCAGCCUCUUCAAGUGCAUCAGCGAUGGCAAGUCCAUCAUCAUGGAGGGCAUGCAUCUGGACCCCAGCCUGUACCUGUACGAGUUUGCGCGAUUCGGCCAGGCGCACCUGAAAAGCGGUUCUCUGUAUAACAGUGACAGCAAUUCGGCGGGUGCCCAGCGGCCAGACCCUGCCUCCAUACCUCUGGAGGAGGGCAGCAGCCCCAGCAAUGCAGCCACAGAAGCAGAUGAUGAGGAGGAGCUGAAGCCCGGGCCGGUGUUUGUGCCCAUCGUGCUGUGCAUGGACGACGUCGACCACGAAUUGCUGGUCCGAGAGUGGCACGCCUGCCAUGCGGGUGCUGCCAGGGAUGGUGAGGCGUCAGGUGGGCCGGAAGAGCGCGCCAGAAGCACUUUGGAGCGGCUGAGGGUGUUGCAGAGUCACAUGUGCAGCUACGAGCAGCGAUGCGUGCCGGUCGUCAAAGUGGAGCUCGCCAACUUCAAUGAGACUCUGGACCGCCUCCAUGACUACCUGCUGCUCUGCAUACAGAUGGCCAUGGAACAAGACGAGGCUGACGCGCAUCCUUGACUGACGUGGUCUGUGAUGAAAUUACCAAGUCUCGAGGUGACCACGGUGUUCUCGUCAGUGCACUAGCAAACUGGGGCAAGCAAUACCAAUUGGUGCCAUGUAAGAUCCAUGGAAGUUUGUUUUUUCAAAUCAUGUGUACGAUAGGGCCCUUUUGAAGUGGUAAUUGUCGCACUGAGAACUACCAUUGGCAAAAUGGCCCUACCGGGUACUUGCAAGAGCGAUUCAAGCGCACCGGGAGCCUCCUGCUGAGCUGAUCUCUGGGGGCACCUAUAUGGCCAACCUUGAGUGGUGGGGGCAUGUUGAGCUAGCCACCGUGAUGCAACCAUCAAUGAUCGCUUAGCUUGGGUGCCAUGACUUUAAUUCAUGCACCUAUGUAGCCCUUGGGUGCUCCUCGUCGCGACGAUCGUGCUGGCUGGAACUUAGCGCAGUAAGUGUUUGACGAUCA